AUGGCAUACAGACAACAUGCUUCUGCCGCCACAUCCAACACCGGCAGCCAGGCAAAAUAUCCAGUUGCUGCAAAAGCCAAUGAUUCGGAACAUGGUGGAGACAACCUGCCGUCGAAGAAACCGCCGUCCUCAUUCUCUACUACUGCCUUGAACGGCCAAUCCACAGGGGACAAUGCUUCAUCCAGCUCUGCCGCCAACUCCCGGAGGAGGCAGUCGUCGAUCCCAAGUGCCAAAGGCCCCAUGGGACCGCGGCCCUUGGACUUUGGGACCGGAAAGAGGUCUACCAGUAAUCCCAUGGCUCCUCAAUUCAAUCCCGUCCGAGGAACGUCUGCCGUCGCUUCCCAAAAUCCCUAUUCCUGCGAAUUAUCCAUCAACGACAUUUCAAGGUUCAGUUUUGCAUCCAUACAAACCAAACAGCCCGCAGAGAGGGAAGGAGAUGGAUCAUCGGGCUUUGGCAACUUCUUGGAGCCGACCUUUAACUUCGACGAUUUUCAAGAUACCAUUGUCGGCACAGACCCCAACCUGAACCAUUUUCCUCUCCCUGGCCGGGGCACAAAUGUCAAAGCUUCCUCCGCGGCCGAAACGCCGGGCGCCGAUUCCAAGAAGCCCGCCAUUCAACCAGCCAUUCCCAUUCCUUCUCGCAAAGGAUCAGGAGUGACGCCUCUGGCUCGCAGAGGGUCCACAACUUCCAGUACAUCUCGGAACUCCAACAAAUCAGACUCAAUGACAGUCACUGCAACAUCGGUGCUUCGAGGCAGAAGACAAAGCCAUUUCCCGCCGAACUCGUUCAACAACGCGAACAGUGGGGUUAAAGCCCCCAGGAAAUCCGUGGGACCGGGCACGUUCAUUCCUCCACAACAAUCCGAGAAACUGACUGUUAGACGGCGGCCGAGCGCUGGGGGAAGAAAAUCAAGUGCGGAGAGCGCAAAGGGCCUGUCGCUUAGGGGGUUGAGUUUUCGAACGGGGACCAACGGGAAGGAAGAUAUCAAGACCGCGGGAACAAUUCGCCCUAGACAGUCACUGGCUGGGAAAAGGCGAUCUUCAAAAGACCUCCUGACGACGCCGUCAAGAACGCCAGACCUGUCCAAGUCGGCCUCCAGUAGUGCUCACCAUACCCCCACACGCAGAGACGGGACACCGGGCAGGACGACAACUCCUGGAGGGAAUGCUGACCGCACUCGUCGGAUAUCUGUCAUGCCUCAUCAUGCCACUGGAUUGGGAGCGCGAACAGUAAGCCCAACCGAUGCACGGCGAAUGAAGCGGAUGUCGACGGUCCCUCCUGCACCACCACUGCCUCAGAGCAGGAUCUCUCAGGCCCCUCCGACUCCCCAGCCUGAUCCUAUACCACAGUUGCCUCAGUCUGAUCUACAGUCUCCCCCAGUCCAGGCCCGCAAGAGCUUGACCCCGUCUUCAUCGAGAACCACGCCGGAUCCCAAUCGGAAAUCGUACAGCUCUGGUCAGUCUUUGUCGUCCAAUACUAGUUAUAGUUCUGUCCGCCAGUCCAUCAACAACGCCACAAGACUAUCUCAAGCGAUGAGUUCCUCCAGGCUUCCCGCUCCAAAACCCCGGCUUGAUACAUCUACAAAUUCCACCUACGAACUGGAAGUGCCCCCGGUCCCAGCCAUACCGAAAGCUUACGAGUCACCCGGCAGUGAACUCGAUCAGCCGUUCUUCUCUGCCCGGUCGUCCAGUCUCCCGCCGUUUGAUGAAGCUCUGUCAGAAAGCCCUGCGUUGUCGACUGCAGCCGAUGCUGUGAAAGAGCUGGAGACUCCUCCGGCGCCGAGCACAUCCUCACAUGUCUCUGGUCCUACUCCUCACGUUGAAACCGAGCCUAGACCCCAACCACAGCGCAGAGAGAGCAAGAAGAAUGUCCAAACGCUCAGACUACCACCUCUGAACCUGCUACCAUUGAGCACCCCUACUUCAGCGAAGAUCAGGUCAUUGAACUCGAAACCAGACUCCGGAGAAAGGCCGGCAACGCCUCCGGGCACUCGCAAUGCAAUGAAGACUCCAAGCACACCGUUGACAGCUUCCAAAGCAAGCUUUUUCUCCAGAGGACAUAAAGCAGCCGAGGAUACGAUGAUGCUUCGAAGUAGCACUUCGCAUCAUGCCCUUCGGUCAGACGAGCUGGAACAUACCAAUGGUAUCAGUCCUAGUCUUCCUGCCUUUACGUUUGAGACGGACAAAAACCAUCGCAGAAUAUCACCAUUUGUCUCUUCCUCCCUACCCAAGAAUAACGAUGAUUUCAAAGAUUUUAUGCAGCCCAACCUUGACAGGAGUACUACUCACUCGCGCCCAAAUGGCCCGCGUGCCCCAAGCUUUUCUGUCACUCCGAAAGCGGAACAUAACCCUGGCCCUGUGGAGAAGCACUCCGAAAGCGAGUCGGGCUUCUCGACAUCCCUCAGGAGGAAGCUAAGUCGCAAACGCAGCGAGCAGAAGGUGUCAGAAAAGGCCCAACAAGGCGCGGAUCCUGCGGAUUAUGACAAUAUGCCACCUCCAAAACUGCCAGCAUCGGCUAGCUGGAACAAUACGCAAAACAACAAUGCAGCGCCUGCUCAAAAGCCUUCAUACAUCAGGUCAAGGAGACAAACCUCCACAUCAAGCACAAGCACUGCGCCAGAACGCCAGGAAAAUAAUGAUAGUUCCCUGUUACAUUCUUCUAACAACCGUCCCUCAGCAGAGAAUCGGCACCUCACACCGCUUGCAAACCGGUCAGGGUCGUUGUCAACAAGCGCUUAUAAUGCCAAUAACUCCCAAAGCCAACGGGCCCACGAGCAAGGUCUUGACCGCGAUGAUAUGAUGGCAGAGGAAGAGAUGAAGAAACUUGCAUCAAAGAGGAAGGAUUUUGAAUCCGCAGCCCGCGAACUUGAUGCCCUCCGAGCCAGGGCACAACCUGCCAGGCGUAUGUCGGCUGGCACAGCCGCGAGGACGAUGGAUUUGAACAUCUUUGAAAGGGGAGAAAUUGUCGAUUAUCCUGAUAUUUACUUCACCGGGACCCCCGAUGCUCGAAAGAUUGUUGGCGAUCUGAAUUCGGCCUCAUCGAACUUCGGAUAUGAUGAUGAGCGAGGCGACUACAACAUUGUGGAAGGCGAUCACCUGGCCUAUCGGUAUGAAGUGGUUGAUCUGCUUGGCAAAGGCAGUUUUGGACAGGUCGUCCGGUGUGUGGACCACAAGACUGGUAUUCUCGUUGCCGUCAAGAUCAUCCGCAACAAGAAGAGGUUUCAUCAACAGGCGCUGGUGGAGGUUAACAUUUUACAGAAGCUGAAAGAAUGGGACCCCGAGAAAAAGCAUAGUGUCGUCAACUUCGACCAGAGCUUCUACUUCCGAGGUCAUCUCUGCAUCUCGACGGAUCUGUUAGGCAUGAACCUCUACGAGUUCAUCAAGGCCCAUGACUUCAGGGGCUUCUCGUUGAAGUUGAUCCGACGAUUCACCAAACAGCUUCUGCAAAGUUUGAUUCUCCUCCAUCAGCACAAGGUCAUUCAUUGUGAUCUGAAACCAGAAAAUAUCCUUCUUGCACAUCCGGUGCACUCGGAAAUAAAGGUUAUCGAUUUCGGGUCAAGCUGUUUCGAAAACGAAAAGGUGUACACGUACAUCCAGUCUCGAUUCUACCGCUCUCCAGAAGUCAUUCUGGGAAUGUCGUACGGCAUGCCGAUAGACAUGUGGAGUCUUGGGUGUAUUCUUGCCGAGCUCUAUACGGGUUAUCCUAUCUUUCCCGGCGAGAACGAACAGGAGCAACUCGCUUGCAUCAUGGAAGUCUUCGGCCCACCGGAGAAGCAUCUGAUCGAGAAGAGCAGUCGGAAGAAACUCUUCUUCGAUUCGAUGGGCAAACCCCGGCUGACCGUGUCAUCGAAAGGAAAGAGACGGAGACCAAGCUCUAAGGAUCUCCGACAAGUGCUGAAAUGUGAUGACGAGGCAUUCUUGGAUUUCAUUGCCAAGUGUUUGAAAUGGGACCCAUCCCGACGUAUGACACCUCAUGAAGCGAACAAACACGAAUUUAUCACUGGCGUCAAAGCCAGUUCGACCAACACGAGACGACCGGCCGUGUCCGGCGUGAAUUCGCCUGUCAAAAGAGUCAACUCUGUUGCAAAUCCUGCCGGUACCAGGCCCUUGCCCCAACCACCAACAUCUACAUUGAAGGCGCCCGUUGGAAGCCGACUGGAGGUGUCUCCGAGUAAGCCAGGGGCAAGGCGACAGUCGGCAAUGCAGGGCACAGCGGCAUCACAGGCAGCAUCACAAGCAUCACAAGCAUCACAAGCGAAGCGGGCGUCUCACGCGGCCAUGUCGUCUUCGGCGUCUAAUCCCAGUUUGUCGAGAUUGACUGCCAGUCAGCGAAGCCUAAGCGGGCGAUCUGACCUUGCUGCUGCCGCCGCCGCUGCAAGUCUUGUGAAAUGA